GCUCCCGCUGCCGCUUACCCCCAGCAGAGUUGGGCUGUGCCCUCCACGCCUUCUUGGCGCGGCAAGCGCCUCCGAGUACCCGUGCGUCCCACUCUAGGAGGUGACUCUUUGGCCACCCAGCACCGGCAAUCGGGGCGUCUCUUCUCUUGCUCGAGACCACUGAGAUUGGAGACGGGAGCGCCUCACCGUGCCCAAGCUUCUUCCGUCCGCUCCCUUCUCCUCCCACUUUCCCCACAUUCCCCCACCCUCUGGUGCCUGUGUGUGUUCCUCACAGGCUAAGGGACCCGGAGAGCAGUCCAUGCUCGGCGCACGGCGGAGCUGCGGCUGCUUCUGCCGCUGAGGGGAGCCGAGAAGGUGGCGGUCUUGCGCCUCCCUGGACUUCCCAAGUGGGGGCAGAGCAGUCGCUCGCGGGAGACGUCAGUUGGAAAGGCACAGGGAAACAGGAACCUUCAAACUCCUCCUCGGCGUCUCCUCUCCACCCCCUUUGGCCCCUGCCCUUGAAGAAAGUGGAGUGUGGCGUUUGGCUGUCGUUAUUUCUUGGGACUGCUUCGCCGUGCACGGAUUCAGCGGCUGCCCAGUGGGGCUCUCCGCUGUUUGCGCGUCUCUCGGUGUUGUUCCCUCCGGCACACCUCUAUCGACGAUGAGGAAAGGUCUGCGGGCGACAGCGGCCCGCUGCGGACUGGGACUAGGAUACGUGCUGCAAAUGCUCGUGCUACCUGCCCUGGCCCUGCUCAGCGCCAGCGGCACCGGCUCAGCCGCUCAAGAUGACGACUUUUUUCAUGAACUCCCAGAAACGUUUCCAUCAGAUCCACCUGAGCCUCUGCCACAUUUCCUCAUUGAGCCAGAAGAAGCCUAUAUUGUGAAGAAUAAGCCUGUGAACCUGUACUGUAAAGCCAGCCCUGCCACCCAGAUCUACUUCAAGUGCAAUAGCGAGUGGGUUCAUCAGAAGGACCACAUAGUAGAUGAACGAGUGGACGAAACCUCUGGUCUCAUUGUCCGGGAAGUGAGCAUUGAGAUUUCACGACAGCAAGUGGAAGAACUCUUUGGCCCUGAAGACUACUGGUGCCAGUGUGUGGCCUGGAGCUCAGCAGGCACCACGAAGAGUCGGAAGGCUUAUGUGCGCAUCGCAUAUCUGCGGAAGACAUUUGAGCAGGAACCCCUGGGAAAGGAAGUGUCCCUGGAACAGGAAGUCUUACUCCAGUGUCGACCACCUGAAGGGAUCCCAGUGGCUGAGGUGGAAUGGUUGAAAAAUGAAGACAUAAUUGAUCCUGUUGAAGAUCGAAACUUUUAUAUCACAAUCGAUCACAACCUAAUCAUAAAGCAGGCCCGCCUCUCAGAUACUGCAAAUUAUACCUGUGUCGCCAAAAACAUUGUUGCCAAGAGGAAAAGCACAACCGCUACUGUCAUAGUCUAUGUUAAUGGUGGCUGGUCCACCUGGACAGAGUGGUCUGUGUGUAAUAGCCGCUGUGGACGAGGGUAUCAGAAACGCACAAGGACCUGCACCAACCCAGCACCACUCAAUGGCGGGGCCUUCUGUGAGGGGCAGAGCGUGCAGAAAAUAGCCUGUACUACACUGUGCCCAGUGGAUGGCAGAUGGACCUCAUGGAGCAAGUGGUCUACUUGUGGGACUGAAUGUACCCACUGGCGCAGGAGGGAGUGCACAGCACCAGCCCCUAAGAAUGGAGGCAAGGACUGCGACGGCCUGGUCUUGCAAUCGAAGAACUGCACCGAUGGGCUUUGCAUGCAGAGUUUCAUUUAUCCUAUUUCAACUGAACAGAGAACCCAGAAUGAAUAUGGAUUUUCUUCUGCUCCUGAUUCGGAUGAUGUUGCUCUCUAUGUUGGGAUUGUGAUCGCAGUGAUUGUUUGCCUGGCCAUCUCUGUUGUCGUGGCCCUCUUUGUGUAUCGGAAGAACCAUCGUGACUUUGAGUCUGAUAUUAUUGACUCUUCAGCCCUAAACGGGGGCUUUCAGCCUGUGAACAUCAAGGCCGCCAGACAAGAUCUUCUGGCGGUGCCCCCAGACCUCACUUCUGCUGCAGCCAUGUACAGGGGACCUGUCUACGCCCUACACGACGUCUCAGACAAAAUCCCAAUGACCAAUUCUCCAAUUCUGGAUCCACUGCCCAACCUGAAAAUCAAAGUGUACAACACCUCCGGUGCUGUCACUCCCCAAGAUGACCUCUCUGAGUUUACAGCCAAGCUGUCCCCACAGAUGACCCAGUCCUUGCUGGAGAAUGAGGCCCUCAACCUGAAGAAUCAGAGUCUCGCCAGGCAGACCGACCCAUCCUGUACAGCGUUUGGCACCUUCAACUCCCUUGGGGGCCACCUUAUUGUUCCCAAUUCAGGAGUAAGCUUGCUGAUUCCCGCUGGGGCCAUUCCCCAAGGGAGAGUCUACGAAAUGUAUGUGACUGUACACAGGAAAGAAAAUAUGAGGCCACCCAUGGAAGACUCUCAGACGCUCUUGACCCCAGUGGUGAGCUGUGGGCCUCCGGGAGCCCUGCUGACCCGCCCCGUCAUCCUCACUCUGCAUCACUGUGCAGAUCCCAAUACAGAAGACUGGAAGAUCCAGCUCAAAAACCAGACAGCACAGGGACAGUGGGAGGAUGUAGUAGUGGUUGGAGAGGAAAACUUCACUACCCCCUGCUACAUUCAGCUGGAUGCAGAGGCCUGCCACAUCCUCACAGAGAACCUCAGCACAUAUGCCCUGGUUGGGCAAUCCACCACCAAAGCCGCAGCAAAACGCCUGAAGUUAGCCAUCUUUGGGCCUCUCUGCUGUUCCUCUCUGGAGUACAGCAUCCGGGUCUACUGUUUGGAUGACACUCAGGAUGCCCUCAAGGAAGUUUUACAACUUGAGAGACAGAUGGGAGGACAGCUUCUGGAGGAACCCAAGGCACUUCAUUUUAAAGGAAGUACCCACAAUUUGCGCCUAUCCAUUCAUGACGUUGUCCAUUCCCUCUGGAAGAGCAAAUUGCUGGCUAAAUAUCAGGAAAUUCCUUUUUACCAUAUCUGGAGUGGGUCUCAAAGAAACCUCCACUGCACCUUCACUCUGGAAAGAUUUAGCCUGAACACAGUGGAGCUGGUUUGCAAACUCUGUGUACGGCAGGUGGAAGGAGAAGGGCAGAUCUUCCAGCUGAACUGCACUGUGUCAGAGGAACCUACUGGCAUAGAUUUGCCCUUGCUGGAUCCUGCCAGCACCAUCACCACCGUCACAGGGCCGAGCGCUUUCAGCAUCCCUCUUCCCAUCAGGCAGAAGCUCUGCAGCAGCCUGGAUGCCCCACAGACAAGAGGCCAUGAUUGGAGGAUGCUGGCCCAUAAGCUAAAUCUGGACAGGUACUUGAAUUACUUUGCCACCAAAUCAAGCCCCACUGGUGUAAUCCUGGAUCUCUGGGAGGCACAGAACUUCCCAGAUGGAAACCUGAGCAUGCUGGCAGCUGUCUUGGAAGAAAUGGGAAGACAUGAAACAGUAGUGUCUUUAGCAGCAGAAGGGCAGUAUUGACCACACUGGAAAUGAAGGUGAAGGAGGAAAAUGCACAGGGAGUCUGUGGCCGUCCAGGGAAAACACAGCUGAGGAGGAAAUCCAAACUAGACCAAUGAGCUUCACAGGCAAGAUGGCAGCGGGAGAGAGAAGAACAGAUACGACUACCAAUGUACAUGCCCACUUGACUUGGACAGUAUCACAGGAGUUAAGAAAAAUUGUGUAAAUGUGUACCUUGAAUUUAGAAGUCAACCUAAUUUUCCUCUUAGUUGGGCUGUAUGCUGUAUGGUACAGGAUCUUACAGUUUCCUAGGAAACGCUUUUUAUUGCUAUCCAGAUAUAUGGAUAAACUUUCUUAACAAACCCAAUUUCUACAAAUGUUGUUUACAUCAAAUUGGACAGGGAUGCAGACACUGUCCAUGGCGCAUUCUAUUUUUGUUCAAAUCAUUUGAAGUUGAAGCUGUGGACGGUUUGUUGUGUCUAUUUCAGAUUAGUAAUUUACAAAGAAGUCAGACUUUUGCUACAAAUCUCAUACAUCCAGUGUCUCAGAUAAUCCUCCCAAUCAAUGUUCUGUUUCUAGAACUUGUAGAACCAGUGUUACUGUUUGUAUCAGGGAAGGGGAGAAUCUAAAUGUAAAGGAGAAAUGACUAAGAUUCCUUAUGCCUUGGGUGCACCUGCCUGGUGUGCUUUAGGAGUAAAGCUGUAGCAUUGCAGGGAAGAUAGUGAUUCAUGUUCAAACGCUCAAAACAUUUCUUCUUGGCGUGUUUGUAAUAUGAAAUUUAAAGAUUUUUUUUAAAAAAGUAUCAUUAUUAUUAUUGAUGAGUAUCUACAAGUAUUUUAGUAAAAGGGUUUUCUUUUAACUUCUGUUUUUGUUAGCGGUACUGUUAGUAUUUGGUAUUGACCAGACCUGCCUCACUUCCUCACAUAAGAGGUGGGUGGGGUGACCAGCUUAGUCCAACAGGCAUUGCUUCCUUGACCUUUGACCCUCUUCUACCAUUCUACCCUGGAAAGGUAGUAAGCACUCACUGGCUUAUCAAUCAGUUCUUUCAGCUUGCUCAGACAGGGUCUUUCUCCUUUGCGUCUUACUAUGAGAAGUGUUCCCCCUGAAUUUCACUUAGUAGUGUAGUUGUGUGGUGCCACGUUGACUCUCCAUAGUACUCUGUCUGCCUUAGGGGCAGUGUGGUUGGGAAAAGAGCUAGAAAUCAGAAAAUCAAUUCUGUCUAGCUGAACUGCCUUGGGAAAGGCAUUAAAACUCAUUGUAUUUCAGCUUUCUUACCUAUAACAUAAGGGGUGGGAUCAGAUCACCUUCAAGGUUCAACAAUGCUGGACUUCCAUUGUUAGGCCUCCAGUCUCAUUCAUCAGUCUGAAGAUGAUAACGGACUCUGACCUGGAUCAUUCAGUCAGCUAGCCUUCCCCCCCACACACUACAUUAUGCCUUUCAAAUCAUUUUGACUUGGCAGAGAAUUAUUCUAACCUGCAAUAUAUUUGUUCAGCUUUAAAGUCCUUUCUUUAUAUCCUUGCAUUAUGCUGCUCGCUGAGAGACGGCAUCCCUUUAGUAUCAUGUUCUUCUCCUCUCAUGGGACCCCUAGGUUUCUUGCCUUCCUGACUAGUGGUAAAUUCUGCUUUGUUAUUGUUUUAUUUUCUUAAUAUCAAAAUCAUUCCUACAAGUUCUUCCUGCAGUAGGAACUUGAUGUGUUUUAUUCCCCCCAGUCUUUGCUUUAAUAAUAUUCAGUAACAUUUACAAAGGCUACUUAAUUAGCCCCCCCACUUUUUUUUUAACCUGUAAAAUGUUAGUCAACAAACUCCUUUGUGUCAACAAGGAAGUUUCCUUGGGACCAUCACAGGCUCUUCAUUUAACACAGCGAAUCCAUUCAUUCAGCUGGUGGGGAACAAAGUCAAAGCCAGUAGCCAAACCAAGACUGAGUGUGCUUAAAUAAGAACAUUCUAAACAUGACUGUGGUUUACUUUAAGGCUGGAGGUAUCCAGAAUGCUGGCUGAAUUUGAAUUAGAAAUCAUUUUAUACAUUUUAUCCCAUCUUAAAACAUGUAUUUCCUCUCCCAUUUUGGAUACCUCUUGAUAUUCUCAGAUUUCUCCAGCCCCAUGAUUGAGGAACAGUUGGUACCUUGUUAUGGAGCCUCUUUUGUACUAUUUAUCUUUUGUUUUAGAUACAUAUUGUAUAAUCUCUCUCUAGCCAACCUGUGCAUUCAAAUUUCCAUAUAUAAAAAUAUUUGUUCCACUGAUCAGGAAGAGGGAGAUUGCACUAGUACACAAGUUCAGUGGAUAAUGACUGUACCAAUGAGAUUUUACUAAAUUAAAAAAUCUAGAUAUUUUUUAAAAGAGCAGGAGUUGUUGUCCAUGGCUGCAUCUUAAAAUAAACUUGUCAAGAUUGUUCUUUAGUACUGGUGUUGCAGAAUCAUCUAUAGAAACCAAGAAAUCUGAUCUGGAUAUUCAAAGAAACUUUUGUACCUCAUAAAAAUAGAGGGGAGAAAAUAUGUAGUUAUACAUAUGAAAUCAAUCCCAAAACUUUUGCUGAAAAAUUUUGAUUAAAAAAAAUAUCAACAAACAGUGAGCAAGCAGGAAUGGUGUUGUUAAAGCCAUUGAAGGCCCUUAGGGUUCACUUCAGAGGCUUGUUUUUUGGUCCAACCCCUCACCACUAGAAGAGGGAAGAAUGAUUGACUCCUUGCAAGUUACUCAUCUAUCACAGAGCUCAUGUUUCCUAUCAGAUGAAGAACAACUUCCUUCCAAACAACACACCAUAUGUCAAUUUUCACUAAGAAUUCUGCUUUCCUUCUCUUUGGGAGUGAAGUAAUAGCUGUUAGAUUGCUUUCCAACUUAAGAAGAUCUGGACAGAACAGUUCAUUUCAUAGGGAGCCACUUCAUCAGCCAUCCAAUGUGCCACAUCCUGCUUACACAGUUUGGGGAAGGCCGGCUUCCUUCAUUUGGAUAGAGGGAGAGAACUAUCAUUUGUGCAUGGUGCCAUCUAGUGGUGUGGAAUGCAAUCUGCCCUGAGUUUAAUAUAAGUUGUUUGACAAAGGGAAUGUGUACCUGUACAACUCAACAGGACCUUUUUAACAAAUAGAUGUGGGGAUAUUAUCACUUCAAAUGUGUAAUUUUCUUCUUCUCACAGUUUCACUUCAAUCAUCCAUCUCAAAAUUACAUGUCAUUAUGAGCCUAGUACAUCAUCAAGUCAUUCAUACGCAUCAUUAUUUGCUUUCUUGUAACAGAAAUACAUAAAAUCUGUAUAAAAGUCUUUGGAAGUUGUCAUUUUUAACAUUUAUGGUUUUAACUGGGCUUUGUAUAUUUUAAAUCUCCUCUCCUAAUAUUUAUCUUUGGAAAUGUAAGAGUAUCUGCUUAGAAAGAAAUAAGUCUUAUAUAUGCAAAUAGGAACACUAUGUCUAAAGGAAGAGAAAUUGUGACUGUUGAUUGAGAAGAAGCCUUUCUUCUGAAUUUGAAUAAUUCAAAUAUUAGAAUAUGGCAGAGGUUUCAUCCUGGUUUUAUUUUCUUUUCACAACCCUAAUUCAGAUUUUCUUAAAGGGAUCUGGAAGGAAUAAAGUUGGAUUCAAUAUUGGCAACUGGGCAGACCAUGAUGCGAGUAUGUGUGACACCAAAGAACACACAGCUAACAGCCUUUCAUGGACAUUUUCCAAAAUGGACACUCACCUGUGAUGCCAGAACCCCCUUCUUACAUGAGUGGUCCAAGCUCUUGGAGGGCAGAGCACUGUGGAGUGAAGUGCCCAACACUAAAAUGCAUCAUCAUUAGCCAUUUUCAUAUUCGACCAUCAAAGACACAGAGCCAUUUUUUAGGGAAAAGUCAUGGGGCCUGAGUUUAGGACACUCUGGAAACCAGGCAUGAAGUAAAGGGUCUUUAAGGGCCUUUUCCUGUAAGUGAGGUAUCUUUAUAACCCAUCAUUCAGAAGGUAGGUAGACUCUAGACUUUUCUUCUGGAGAAGAGCAAACCAGGCUCUUGCCCUGAGUUUCCUCCUGUGUGUCUCUGUCAGGGACACAGCGGCUGUGCUCCUGGGUAAUUCAUGCUCUGUAAUCUACACAAGAAGUGGGGAGCUGGGGAGAUGCUCACAUCUCCCCAAAAUCCUCAGGCCUUUGCUUCUAGAAGGCCUGCCCCAGGACCAAACAUAAACCUGUGUAAGAACCUCCAAGAGUGGAUAAUGAAGGUGGAAAGGUUUACUUGUUGAGUCUCAGUCUUCAAGCUGAAUGUGAGUUUCAGCUUUUCAUAAGCAGCUGUUCUGGACAGGGCAUAAGUUUCAUAUGGAGACCUCAGUGCAAGUCCAAGGCCAAUGAAUGAAGGGAGUGCCACAGAAACAGCUGAACUGAAAUCAGGCUCCAGCCAUCUUCUUUGAGAACAGAGAAGCCUUUGUAAAUCAGAAAUGCCAUUGCUCAAAACCAAUUAUUCGUAAAGAUGACCGUGGCCAAUGACCAUUAGAUUUUAUAGAUCCAAUAAGGAAUAUUUUUAUUAUUAUCUCAAGCUAAUAAUUUUUUUAACCUUUCCAGUGCCUCAUAGGACCAACUAUUAUACUUUGUUUUUGUAUUAUUUUUAUAUUUUUUAAAUGUACUAAGCUGAUGUGACUGAAAUCCUUAGAACUUUUCCUCUGUGCAAUGAAAUACUGUUUCUCUACCCUAAGAGAUCUAUUUGUAUAAUCUCUGGCUUUAAUGAUCACUUUGAAAGAUUUCCUUUGCAUCCCUAAUGAUUUUUUAAUGAAAUAAGGAAUAUGGGGAAUAAGUAUAUUGUAACCAAUGUUAAUUUAAGCUUGUGUCCAUAUAGGAGAAGUAAGCCAAAUGAAGUCAUAAUUAUUUCCAAAAUUCUGGCCUGAAAACCUAUUUUUGAAAAGCGGGGAGAUGCUCUUGUAUGUCAUGGGUAGAUUUUCUCUACAGACUAGGUCUAACAAUGAACUUCCCUCCUGGUUCUUUCAUCUCACUGGCCAUGUGGCUGUUCACGUUUUACUGUUGUCAGAAGAGUUCAUGGCUCCUAGGUUUUCCAGUGGGCUUGGCCACUGCCUGUAUUGAUCUGUGGUGGGACAUUAAUGGGCUCAUUCAACCAAGUGUACUGUAUGCCUCAGGCAUGUUUUAGUGUGGUUGGGGAGGCAUUACCAGGACAAACCCACAGGGCUCCACAAAUGUAUGAGCGCACAAAACCAAGCAAUUCUCAGGGGCUGUUCCCCAGUCCUCUGUGUACUCACACACUUGCAUACUCAAACCGAUCUUUCCAGAAAUUCUCAAAAUCCUAAACUGGAAAUCCCUGUAGAACAUCACCGGCAGUCGUGGCCCCACCAGUUGAAUAGAAAACAAGGAAGCUGCCCCCAGGUAAAAUCAGCUGCCCAACAGCCAUUGUGUUACCCUACAACAGCAGCAUUUUAUCAUACCACUUCAAAUUUGUGCUUUAGCAAGGUUAUCAAGUGCAGAUCAUAACACUUCAGGCUCCCUUACAAAUAAGUCUAAAUCAUGGGUCAUCCUUGAGGUCUACUGGAGGAGGCACUAUCAGGCUUGCUGUGGAGCUGGAUGCCACUAACAGGGGUGGGGCACUCCCCGUUGUGGAUUUUGGAACCUGAACUGUGUGCAGCUUUUACUGAUCUGCACCCUAGAGGUUGAUCAGCUCUUGGCCUUGGAUCCUCAGCACUAUGGUAAGGCAACAUCAAAAAUCAUGGCUUGAGUGUGUUCUAGAUGUUAAAGCAAGGCUUGUUUUAAAAUAGCAUAAAAAAUCUACAGCCAGUGGGAAAUGCCUUUGCCCUUUUGUAUUCCUAAAGUCCUCAAUGACAUCUGUAAAUGUAGGGGUGUGACAUAGUAUAGUCCUCCAGGCCUUGGGAAAGAAAAAAAAGAGCAAGAAUCAGGACGAGUUCAUCAGGUGACUUGCCUUCUUCAGUCUUACCUAGACCUGCUGUUGACAGUGAAGCCCUCGCCCAGACAGAAGGCAUUGGGCCCAGAUGCAGGGAAUAUCAUCACUGUGUGUGUGUUGGAUGUCACAGUGUCGUCUGUGUUGAAUGUUGAGCUGUAGCAUGGUGACUUCCUCUUUGCUUUUUCUAAAGAUGACAACCAGGGUUUGUCAGAGAACAACUGGCAGCGGUCUGAGUUGGAGCGGCUGGCUCGUCCUCCUGUUGUCUUCUUUGGAACAGUUCAACCGCAGAAAUGUCAGAUUGAGGUUUUGUGCUUUGUCAUUUUUCUUUUUAAAGCAAAACAACACAACCUUGGCUUCUCAGAUAUGGAACACCUCUUUUGUUGUUGUGAAGUUCCCUCUUGCUGUAUCUUCUAUGCAAUUCCUUUUCUAAAAAAAAAAAUUCCCUGGUGACAGAGGAGAGCUCUCUGGGCACUCUGUCUGUCGCCCUGCUGUGUGGCAGAGGUGAGGGACACCAGCUCUGGGUGUGCCUCUUUGCUCUCUCUUACUGCCGCUCCUGACUUUUCCUGCAGUCCCCUUGGUUUGUAAAUUGCCUGCAUUUAUUCCAUCAGCCAACAUGUACAAAAUGUAAGAAAGAAUUUUUAAACAGGUAAUAAAUUAUAUUUAUAAGCAACA